GGACUAUUCUAUUCAGUUUCCUGUCAACAGUAAAGCAGAAACCAAGUACGAGGGGAAAUUACAGAUAUGGAACCUGAUGUAACACUGACGAAUAAGUUAAGAAGCAAACUAGCAAGUUUUCGAGAACAUGACAAUUCAUCUACACAGUCGAAGGAAAUCCAAGCUGCACUGAACAACGAGGAGACAAAAUCAAUUCCUUUUAGAUUGAUUAGAUAUGCAUUUGAUAGGCAUCAGUCCAAAGGAUCUACUGAAGAAUACCUCAAUGAAUGGUUAGAUGGGAGUGCACUGUAUUUACCAGCUUAUGAACCACCACUUAGGAAUCCAGAACUAGAGACAAGGAUACAACGCUUAAAAGCAGAGCAGGCCAACAGAGAAUAUAAAGAAAUGGUUAGGAGUGUAGACAAAGAACAGAAAGCCGAGAGAGAGAGAUUUGGAGCUGAAGUGAAAGCAAUGAACUCGCACAUCUGGUCAGUGGUUAACUUCAUCGUCACAGUUGGUGGGGCCUUUGCCUUUGGGUACAAGGCCACAGAAUACACCUUCAGUGGAGGAAAUACAUUUGUAGCACAAAUGGUUGCUGGACUAAUAUUUGCAACAGUGGUAUUCUUUGCAGAUCUGUACUUCAUGGUCAAACAAAUUUCAUAACACAAGAUGACAUCACACAAUGUAUGAAAUCACUUCCUCAUUAAAAUUCACAGAAAAAAACUAUGCAGAACUGUAUUUUUAUGAUAUAGUUGUAUAAUUAUAUGUUGUAUAGACAUGUAAGACUGUAACAAUUAUUUCAGAAAAUAUUCUACUAAUUGCUUUCAUGCAACCAUAGUGAAAAUUUAGCAAAUUGCCAUGAAAAAUUUUAAAAAUCAGAUAUUUGUUGGUGUUAAUUCAGCUGUUACAUGACAAAGAAAAAAACCAGGUGCAGGGACCAUAAGACUUAAACAAGAUUACUUUUGAUCUUACUUUUUAGACCCCCGAAAUCGAAGAUUCGGAGGCAUAUAGGUUUUGGUCUGUCUGUGGCAAAAAACUUUUAACCUUGGUUUUACACCAUAAGAGAUAGAACUUUCAUAUUUGGUAUGUGUAUUUCUUGUAGCAAAACUUUUCCAUUGAUGCUAAAAUCUUUGACCUUUUGACCUUAACAUUGACCUACUUUUAGAAAAUUUGAAUAUAAGCCAUAUAAUUCAAAUCGUAAGAGGUACUGCUUUUAUAUUUAGCAUGUGCAUUUCUUGUGAGAAAACCUUUCCAACAAUACCAGAUAUGUUGACCUUGUGACCUUGACCUUUGACCUGGUUUUUGGAAAUUAAAAAAAAACUUACAGUUCCAAUUUGUUGUAAUCCAGGGUCAUCAGUGUUUCACAAACACAUCUUGUUCAUUAUAUGCAGAAGAAUAGACAGGGUCUAUUUGGAGUGGAAGCAAAUGAAGAGAGAGAAUUUAAAACUGCCUUUAGGGCCCCAAAUGGCUUGUGAAUUUUAGGCAUGUCGAAUUUUGGAAUUUCAAAAAUACAUGUACAUGGUUAAAAUUUUUACAAGGUGCAAUAUACAUUUUAAUAACUCUUUAUUCCUUUCUUGGCAGUCUGAUUGACAGUCUCUGAUUUUCUUGGUGAACAUUUUUCUUGGUGAUGUUUGGCAAACACAUCUAGAAAUAUACAUGAAUGGAUAAGAAAAGAUGCUUGACACCAAGAAAUAAAUUUUAUUCUAAAAGUAUCUUUUUUAUAGUUCACUUCAAUUCUUUAUUCACUCAGAAACCAGAUCAUUGGUACAUAAGGUAUAAAUACACCUUUACAAAGUUACGAACCUUUAAUAAUGGUCAUCUAAUCAAAACAGGUACAUGCAGAUGGAAUGAUACUGACAGAAAUUUAAGAACAUGUACAGUGUGUUAUUGCAAUAGAAUUGAUGAUGAAUUUCAUUAUACUGUGGAGUGUACACAUUUUAAUUCAAACAACAGAAAAAUGUCUCUGUUCACAAGAUAUUGUAAAAAAAAAAAAUCCAAAGUUUACUGAGCUAAUUUCUCAAUACAAACAGUGUAGAACUUUUCAAAAUUCAUUAAGAACAAUUUUCAAAGCUGUCUGCUCUUCCCGAACUCUUUACGUAGGUAUAUUUUUUUUAAAAUACUUUUUAGGCUAUUUUUAUUUAGGUCACCUGAGUCAAUCAGGUCAGGUGACCUAAUGCAAUUGGUCAGAAUCUGGCAGCAUCCAGCGUGAGGAUAACAAUUGAAUGUUUUUAACUUCUUAAUAACUACCAUUCCAAUUCUUUUCAAAGAGCAAGGUACAUUAAGGCCCAAAUUUCGCCACAAAAUUAGGAUAAAUUUAAAAUGUGGUUUCACUUGGUUUAAUCAUUAUGAUUAUGCACUUGGGCAUUGGUCCUGAUGAUACAUGUGGAAAUUAGUGGCGUAAUAUGUUCUGUGACGUCAUUUUCCUUAUCGCUGAUUGACAUGAUUUACCGAAAUCGCCGAAAUUAGCUGUUUUUUAUGCCUUUGAAACCAUUUUUAAGAUAGAGCACAUGCAACAACCACAGAGAUGUUUUGUGUACAAAUUAAUCAUGUUGAAAGUCAGUAAUGAGCAAAAUUUCGACUUGGUUGGUAAAUGAGCAGACUAUUAAAUUUAACGUUUAACCAUUUCCCGCGUUCAUCUGUAAUACAAAUUUCAACGUUGAUGGUGUACAUAUAUACAAGUUUAAUGAAUGAAUAAUAUGCAUAUGUACAGCAUAUUAAAUUUUAUAAGACUCUAGUAGUUUGCAUUGAAGAAGAUGGUGUGUAAUCAGAGAAUUGGAAUCUUCGACACAGAUAUUUCCGAUUCCAAUUUUACUCGUUUUUAUGUUUGAUAUAGAUACGCAAUGAUAUCAACGCAAUUAAUGUAACACAUGGCAAAGUUCAAUCACAUAUUCUUUUUUAUCAUAGAUAGUUUAUGAUAUGAAUUAUCCCUCUAAAUUGGUGUGCAUAUACUGUGGCGGCUACAAUGCGUAUCUAAAUACAUGUCUAAAUUUGCCUUGCCAGUCAUAAUAUUUUAACGUACAUGUAGGCUAAUUAUAACUUAUUGGGUAUGUUGCAUGUGUAAUUUCAAAUGCUAUUCUAAUAUUGUAUUAAGCAAUAUGUCAGACAAAUGUAAUGAUUGUCCAUCUGAAUAAAAAACCCACUCAUAA